AGUAAAAGGAUUUAGGAUCACAGUGCACAGCCAGAGGCUGUCCGGGCGGAGGUUGCAAAGCUAACACGCCUCAGUUUCAGAGAGGUUCCUAAGAUAUAUAAAAUAAACGGGGAAUUUUAGUUUUCAUUACUUUUAAUCAAGGCAGAGGUAAAGCAGCGCCAUGAAAAAUGCGGUGCUUCCAGGCUGACCCAUGGUCUGGUUGCUACAGUAGCCUGACGGUUUCCUUGUAGCAUACGCGUAUAAAGGGAAACAGAAGAAAAGCCGGGGAAUUCUGUAGCAGUAUUUUUUAUACGCUUCUAGAGUUUGAUUCAAAGUUGAGAGCCAAGAUGGCAGCCGAUUCCGUGCAGGGAGACACCAUGAGCCCCUUGGUCUCGGAGCGGCUGGGCCUGGGGCAGAACCUGGACCUGUCGGACACCAUGGUCCAGCAGAAGCUGGACGAAAUCAAGGACCAGAUCAAGAGGGAGAUCCGCAAGGAGCUGAAGAUCAAGGAGGGUACGGAGAACCUGCGCAAGGUCACCACGGAUAAGAAGAGCCUGGCCUACGUGGACGACAUGCUCAAGAAGUCCAGCAAGAAAGUCGAGGAGCUGCACCAAGAGCUCCAGGAGUUGAACGCUCACAUCGUGGUGAAGGACCCUGAGGAUUUGCUAGAGUCCCCACAAACACCAGAUGCCCCCAACAGUGAAAUGCGGGUGUCUACCAACAGCAGCCGAAUAGCAGCCCUGAAGAAGCAAAUAGACAUCGAAUUGAAAGUGAAACAGGGGGCGGAGAAUAUGAUCCAGAUGUAUUCCAACGGCUCCUCAAAGGACCGCAAAUUGCUUGCAACUGCUCAACAGAUGCUGCAGGACAGUAAAACAAAGAUAGAGUUCAUCAGGAUGCAGAUUCUGAAAGCCAGCCAGACCAGUGAGACGAACUUGGAGAACAGUGAAGCCACCUCUCCAAAACCCCUCCUCAGCCCGCUGGACCUGCGAGUGGAAGAGCUCCGCCAUCAUCUGCAGAUCGAGAACGCCGUCCUCGAGGGCGCCAAGAACGUGAUGAAGCUGCUGGGUUCAGAAAAGAAGGCGUACUCUGAGGCUCAAGCCAGAUUUGACGAGUCCUGUCAGAAGCGGGACCUUUUGAAAUACUCGCUGGAGCAGAGGCUAAACGAGCUCCCUGAAGACCACCCCAAAGCCAGCGUCAUCACGGAGGAGCUGACGCUUCUGGCGUCGCCGAACCCCAGCCAGCGUCAAAGCUUCGGCUCCGCACUCAACCAGUACAGUACAGUAGCCAAGCCUGCUGCUCUAACAGGUACCCUAGAAGUGAGACUAAUGGGCUGUCAGGACCUGCUGGAGAACAUUCCGGGCCGGGUCAAAACAAACUCUGUCUCUCUGCCUGGCUGGAGCCCAAACGAAACCAGGUCCUCUUUCAUGAUGAGGGCUAACAAGAACAGAGGGGGCAGCAGCCGGAACAUCUUUAAAACUGACGAUUUAUCCAAUGAGAUCAGUGCCGUGCUGAAGCUGGAUAACACCGUGGUGGGACAGACAAGCUGGAAGCCAGUCAGCAAUCAGGCGUGGGACCAGAAGUUUACUCUGGAGCUUGACCGAUCUCGCGAGCUGGAGAUUUCGGUGUACUGGAGGGACUGGCGCUCGCUGUCUGCCCUCAAAUUCCUUAGACUGGAGGAUUUCCUCGACAACCAGCGACACGGAAUGUGCCUGUACCUCGAGCCGCAAGGCACACUCUUUGCUGAGGUUACAUUUUUCAACCCUGUUAUUGAGAGGAGACCCAAACUGCAACGGCAAAAGAAGAUUUUCUCAAAGCAACAAGGAAAGACCUUCCUACGCGCCCGUCAGAUGAACAUCAACGUCGCCACCUGGGGCCGGCUGGUGAGGCGCGCCACCCCCUCAGUGCACUCGCCACGCCCGGAUUCCCCCGCUCAGCCCAGUUUCCCAGCCUCCCCCAGUGACCCUACGGUGACCAAAUUGGACUUUGACAAAGAGCCCACCUCUGCUUCGAAGCUCAUGGACGAGCUCAGACAGCAGAUGGCGGCGGACAAACGGGAAGCGCAGGAUGAUUUCCUGAACAACAGGAACAGUUCAGCUGUCAAACUAGACAAUGACAGAAUUGUGGACAAUGAGAACCAGCAGCCAGAUCUGGAGCUGAUAACUGCUCCAUGGACAAAAGACAUAAGGGAAGAACAACCAUUCCAGUUUAGUCUUGCAGACUUCAUCUGUGUCGCAGUUCUAGGCCGGGGGCAUUUUGGAAAAGUAUUGUUAUCCAAAUACAAAAUGACAGGAGAAAUGUUUGCCAUCAAGGCCUUAAAGAAAGGAGACAUUGUGGCUCGUGAUGAGGUGGACAGCCUAAUGUGUGAGAAGGGGAUCUUUGAGACCGUGAACAGUGUCCGUCACCCAUUCCUGGUCAAUCUCUUCGCCUGCUUCCAAACCAAAGAGCAUGUGUGCUUUGUGAUGGAAUACGCAGCAGGAGGGGACCUGAUGAUGCACAUUCACGCCAACGUCUUCUCAGAAUCUCGAGCCGUUUUCUAUGCUGCUUGCGUGGUCCUGGGGCUGCAGUUCUUGCAUGAUCACAAGAUUGUAUACAGGGAUUUAAAGCUGGAUAACCUGCUUCUUGACACUGAAGGUUACGUGAAAAUCGCCGACUUUGGUCUGUGUAAAGAAGGAAUGGGUUUCCGGGACCGCACCAGCACGUUCUGCGGUACCCCGGAGUUCCUGGCCCCGGAGGUGCUGACGGAGACUUCAUACACCCGGGCGGUGGACUGGUGGGGGCUGGGCGUCCUCAUCUUUGAGAUGCUGGUUGGAGAGUCUCCUUUCCCUGGCGAUGAUGAAGAGGAGGUGUUUGACAGUAUUGUCAACGAUGAAGUCCGCUACCCAAGAUUCCUCUCUACGGAAGCAAUCUCCAUAAUGAGAAGGCUUUUGAGGAGAAAUCCGGAAAGACGUCUCGGUGCCGGGGAGCGAGACGCGGAUGAGGUCAAGAAGCACCCCUUCUUCAGAAACAUUGACUGGAGCGGCCUACUUGCCAAGAAGAUGAAGCCCCCCUUCGUCCCGACCAUCAGAGGCCAGGAGGACGUCAGCAACUUCGAUGACGAGUUUACCUCAGAAGCGCCCAUUCUUACCCCACCCAGGGAGCCCAGAGUCCUGACUGAGGCAGAGCAGGAGAUGUUUGCCGACUUUGACUACCUCGGCGACUGGUGCUAGCCUCUUCCCCCAUUCCCUCCCAACACUGUAAAGUUGCUGCGGCUGACAGAGGCUUGCAGCUCCCUUGGAAGAUCAGCAGCUGUGCUCUCCCAGCCUUCUGUUGCUCUCUGUGCCACCCAAAGAAGCUGCAAAACACUUUUAAAGGAACAAAGACAUUAUUUUAGAAAUUGCUAAAAGUAAUACCAUACAAAAUGGUCUGAGAGAAGUGGCUUCAAGCUGCCCAUUUUAUAAUAUUUAGCACGAUAGCACUAUAUAGAUUUCAAUGAACUGCUUCAGGGAAUGGUUCCAUUAUCUGGCCUCAUUACAGUUUAAUUAAGUUCAUGCCAUAAUGCACAUCACCCCACCCCUCUUUCUGGCUUAAAUACAGUUGUCAUGAUCCACAUUUGAUGUUAUUUAAAGUGUGAACUUUCCCCAUUGAUAGUAAAGAUGGUAUUUUGAAAUGACACUGAACCUAGGACUCAUCAUGUUGCAAUAUAAUAAGUCUUGACUACUUUCCACUAAGAAAUGUGUAUUUUACGCGAACUGGCAAUCUUAAGUUUGACUUUCAGAACACUACUUGCAGUACUUUCUUUGUCUUUGUAUUUAUUGACCAUUUUCCAGGUGUCUUCAGUAGCUAUUACUAUUACUGAAAACCUACCAAAGCUAACUGCCAAAUGGGCUUGUCCUUCUGAUCCAUUCUCCAUGUGGAUCUGUAAUGAAACCUUGGAGGAGCUUGAACCUUCUACAAUCUCUACAAUGAUACAAACGUUGUACUUUCUCUACUUUUUCCAGUUUUAUUCUCUCUGUCAUGUACCAGUCAGUGGAAUGAAAUAAGUUAUAGUUUUAUACUGUAUUUUUCAUACUUACAUCUGCUGUAUAGGAAGUUUUAUAUGGAAAAUUAAGGGUGUAAGGGUGUCAAGAUCGAGAGCAUAGCCCAAAUGCUGAGUCAUUUUGGACUACUUUAAAAUGGAAUGUAAAAAUGUAUAUUCUUAAAGUAUAUAUUUUGGCAUAUACCAUAAUAUGCCGAAGCGGGCCAUGUGACUUUGAAAUGGCAUGCAUAGUUGAGGCUCUGUCAGAAGACUUUAGUCUUAUAACGUAACAUAAAGAAUCGGUUGUGGGUCAGUGGUGCUUUUGUAAACACAGCUGUGUGUUUGCACUCUCAGUCAGGUAUUUCUCCUUACAGGGCUUGAAUGGUUUUUUUUCUAUUACAGUUUGACAAAGUGGAUGUUUGUAUGCCAACAGGUAUAGCAUGGCCAGGUGAUUCAACACAAGGCAAGGUAGUGUUUAAGAUCAAGGCGUUUGAUGGUGAAGCAGUGCCAAGCCAAGAAUCCCACACAGCUAAUUACCAAAAUCCUAUAAAUAUACACUACAACCUAAUGCCAGUUUUCCAUUUGUUUCAGUCAAGUGGUUACAGAGGGGAUUGCACACACACACACACACACACACACACACACACACGCACGCACACACACACACUCAUCAAACUAAACUGAUGGUGAUACUAGCUCAGUUAACAGGAGUUGUACAGUAGGCCUUUUGGGGUAUUGGGAAAUGAUGAUGUCAGGGUAUACGUACAAAAGCUCAAAGCACUAAUUUUUUUAAAUGAUGAACUUAGCUGAACAAUGGAAAUUGAUUGUAAAUAACGUUUUCUAUAUACUGUACAUUAAGUAGCUGCCUAAGCGCAUUGUUGGAAGUGAAUGUUUCUUUCAGUGGUACUCUAUACUGAAGUUAUAAGGGUGCUGAGGAAAAUUAUUACAAGCAUUGAUACCAUGAAUGCACAAAUAAAAUAAAAAAUGUCAUUAAAAAAAACCAAAA